GGGGGUAGUGGGAUAAUACAUUGAGUAGUAUUUAUAAGAGAAAUUUUUACUCCAUUGUGGUCAGUGUUUGAUUAUCAUUCUUUCAAGUUAUCAGAUUCGAUUUGGUUUUCAACAGUUAAGCCGUUGAGUUUAUUUUCAUCACAUCAAAAUGGUGUUCAGAACGAUAAUCUCGCUUUUCGCCGUCAUCGCUGCCAUCGAAGCCGGUUUCAGUCCGUUAGCUUACUCAGCAUAUCCCUACUCACCCUACUCAGCAUACCCAUACGCAUUGCCUUUCGCCAGCCCUUACGCUUAUCCUUCGGCUGUACCGGUCAAAACUCUAGCUCCAGUCGCAGCAGCACCUUUUGCCAGAGCUGUAGCAGCCCCAGGUCCUUUAGUCCGAGCCCUUCCAGCAGCUCCAGUCGCAGCAGUUGCUCCAGCUCCAUUUGUUAGAUCCGCCAUACCAGCUCCUUUCACAGCACCGGUAGCUCCAGUAGCAGCUCCAAUCGCUCCUGCACCAUUUGCUGCUGCCUCAGUUCCAGUUCCAGUUGCCGCUCCAGUUCCAGUAGCUGCAGCCAAAAUCGACUACGCUGAUGCUUACCCCCAAUACCAGUACGCUUACAAUGUCCAAGAUACGUUGACCGGUGACUCGAAAGCUCAAGAAGAGUUCAGAGAAGGUGAUGUAGUCAAAGGAAGGUACAGUCUGAUUGAAGCUGACGGUAGCAGAAGAACUGUUAACUAUUAUGCCGAUCCUUUGAAUGGAUUUAACGCUGUGGUACAAAAAGAACUGCCUGUUGUAGCUGCCGCUCCCAUUGUUAAGGCUGCUCCGGCUAUCGUAUCGGUGUAAAUAGCUGAUAUGGCCUGGUUUGAAUUUUCAUCUUUCCGAAUGAUCUACCUACUUGUAGUAUUACUCUGUUAUAUUAAUAUGUGAAUAUUUCACUAUAUGUUCUGUUGAUGUUUCUCUGCAUGUGCCUUACUAUGUUUCCUAAUAAAGUCGUUUUUAUACAAUA